AUGUCUUCCCGUAGCCAAUUCUUCGCGGGUGUUAUAAUCUUGAUAGCUGCCUUCAUUGGCAGCUUAUUCCUUAGUUUAUUCAUCAUCAGUCUUGAUAGAGAAUUCCCAAGUUUCCGAGUCGAGUCGGCAUCACUCAACCAACUAACCAUAAAUGGCACCGAGAAAAUGAGUGCCUCAUUGAACAUAACACUCUCAGUCUCCGACCCAAACCAGUAUCUAAGUGUCUCAUACCAAGAAACACUCAAUGCUGAUGUAUUUUACAGAGAUGAAUAUGGCGAUGUGACUCUCAAGACAUCAACUAUUCAACCUUUCAACGGCAGCAUGAUUGAGCUGAAGCUGAAAGUAGACUCGUAUGAGCCACUUCACUUGGCCGAGAGCAUUGUUCGGAGGCGCCGUGAACAUGGAAGGGUUGCAUUCGGGCUCAAAGUGUUCACUUCCAUCGGGUUCAAGAGUUAUAUCUUUGUUUCCAAUCGGAAACAUUUGAAGUAUGUUUGCUACCCACUAAGCUUUGGAAUUUCGAAAAAUGUCUACAAUUCAACCCCAGCUGCUCUACUUCAAGGUGUAACAUGCACUAACACUUAG